UGCGUGCGUUUGUUUAUUUCUUCCUCCUCCUCCUCCUCCUCUCGCACGGUUUGUUCGUAUCUUAAAAAAGCGGUUUUUUGAGGAGAUGACGUAGUGUUUUUUUUUUGAAAUUGGGUCUAACAUGUGAGUUUUUUAAGAGGGGUUUAUAUGUCGCAGUCUAGUGGGAAAAAGGGGGCGGCCAAGGGCCUCCCGAAGCCCGACAAAAAUGAGGAAAGCAAUGGGACUAGUAAAGCGGGAAAUCCUAAGGAUGCGAAGGAAAAAGAAGAAACGUCGAGUAAUGCGGAGGGCGAGGAAAGUUCGUCGGGGGCGAAGCCCCAGUCCGCGGGGGCGAACAUAAGGGACGCGGCCCAAAGGAUCCUGACACUGUGCCAAAAAGCCGAGUGGGCCCCAGUGGACCAAAUAUUGAAGUCUAUGGAGAAGGCCAUCUCCAAUUCUGGAGAGGACGUAAACACUUUACCGUUGGCAGGAGUGGCCGAUCUGAUUACUGGCAUGACUCCGCUAAUGUACGCGGUGAAAGACAACAGGACGUCCCUCCUGGAUAGAAUGAUCGAUCUGGGAUCCGACGUUUGUGCCAGGAAUAACGACAACUACAACGUGUUGCAUAUCGCCUCGAUGCACUCCAGAGAGGACGUGGUCAAGCUGCUCCUGGGCAAAAAAGGGGUCGAUCCGUACUCCACCGGCGGGAGUCGUAAUCAAACGGCGGUUCAUUUGGUCGCUUCGAGACAAACCGGUACCGCUACCGCCAUUUUGAGGGCCCUCCUUCAAGCAGCCGGUAAAGACAUCAGAUUAAAGACUGACGGGAGAGGCAAAAUACCGCUUCUCUUAGCCGUAGAGGCAGGCAACCAAUCGAUGUGCAGAGAACUACUCAGUACCCUGACGUCGGAACAGUUAAAAGCCGCCGCCACCAAUGGGGACACCGCCCUCCACUUGGCCGUCAGAAGAAAAGACAUUGACAUGGUUAGGAUCCUGGUGGAUUACGGUACCAACGUGGAUAUCCGUAACGGGGAGGGCCAGACGCCCCUGCACAUAGCCGCCGCCGAGGGUGACGAGGUCCUGGUGAAGUAUUUUUACGGGGUGCGAGCUUCGGCAAGCAUCACCGACGACCAGGACCGUACUCCCAUGCAUUUAGCAGCCGAGAACGGACACGCCAAUAUCAUCGAGUUACUGGCGGACAAAUUCAAGGCGAGCAUCUUCGAGAGGACAAAAGACGGUUCAACCCUGAUGCACAUCGCGUCCCUUAAUGGACACGCGGACUGCGCCAUGAUGCUGUUUAAAAAGGGCGUCUAUCUUCACAUGCCCAACAAGGAUGGAGCGCGAAGUAUUCAUACUGCCGCACGCUACGGCCACGUGGGCAUAAUCAACACCUUGCUACAAAAAGGGGAAAAGGUUGACGUGACAACAAACGACAACUAUACGGCCCUGCACAUCGCCGUGGAGUCCUGCAAACCUUUGGUGGUGGAAACUUUGUUAGGUUAUGGCGCCGACGUGCACGUAAGAGGAGGUAAAUUGAAGGAAACAGCCCUUCAUAUCGCGGCCAGGGUAAAAGACGGGGAGAAAUGCGCCUUGAUGUUGCUCAAGUCGGGUGCCGGGCCUAAUAUAGCAACACACGAUGGCAACACACCGGUCCACGUGGCCGCCAAGUUCGGUAACCUACAGACGUUGCUGUUGCUACUGGAAGACGGGGGGGAUCCCCAGUACAAAAACAAGAUAUCAUCCGCCACGCAUAAAAAAGGUGAGACCCCUUUGCAUCUGGCAAGCCGGAACUGUCGCCCGGAUGUGGUGACCAACCUGAUCCGGUACGUCAAGGAGAAAAAGGGCGAAGAAGCUGCCGCGUUAUACGUGAACGCCCUAACGGAAAACGACGAGAGUGCCCUGCAUUACGUUUGUACCGUCGACAAACUGGACGUGGAAGUACCCAAUUCGGAUCGGGAAGUGGUGAAGCUGCUCCUGGAGAACGGCGCGGACGUGAAACUUCAAACGAAACAGCACGAGACCGCCUUCCAUCUGGUGGCGUCCGCGGGAAACAACGACGUGCUGUUGGAAAUGAUCGCGCACAUGUCGCCGACCGAUGCGCAGAAGGCUUUAAACAGGCAAAACGCCAACGGGUGGACUCCCUUACUUAUUGCGUCACAUCAAGGUCACAUAGAUUUGGUGAAUAAUUUACUGGCGAACCAUGCCAGGGUGGACGUUUUCGACCAGGAGGGUCGAUCGGCCCUACACCUUGCUGCGGAACGGGGCUACCUCCACGUAUGCGAUUCCUUACUAACCAAUAAAGCUUUCAUCAAUUCGAAAUCCAGAAAUGGAAGGACUGCGUUGCACUUGGCCGCCCUGAACGGCUACGUCCACCUAGUGAAGUUCCUGAUAAAAGACCAUAACGCCGUUAUCGACAUAUUGACAUUGAAAAAGCAGACCCCGUUACAUUUGGCCGCAGGGGCGGGGCAAAUAGAGGUGUGCAAACUGCUCCUGGAACUCGGCGCGGACAUCGAUGCAACCGACGAGGACGGUAAGAAGCCGAUCCACGCCGCCUGUCAAAACAAUUUCUCCGAGGUGGCCAAACUGUUCUUGCAGCAGCACCCGAGUUUAGUUAUGGCCACCACCAAAGAUGGCAACACUUGCGCCCACAUCGCCGCAGCCCAGGGCAGCGUUACCGUCAUCGAGGAACUGAUGAAAUUCGACAGACAGGGGGUGAUUUCAGCAAGAAAUAAAGUAACUGACGCCACACCACUACAAAUGGCAGCAGAGGGUGGCCACGCGGAAGUAGUCAAGGCACUAGUCAGAGCGGGCGCCUCAGUAACAGACGAAAACAAAGGUGGCUUCACUGCAGUCCACCUGGCCGCCCAAUACGGUCACAUGCAAGUGCUGGAGGUGUUAAGGUCCUCGAACAACUUGAGGGUCACCAGCAAGAAACUGGGGGUGACGCCCCUGCACGUGGCCGCCUAUUUCGGCCAAGCGGAUACGGUGAGGGAACUCCUCACUCACGUGCCCGGAACCGUAAAGUCGGAGCAGCCCAAUGGGGCGUCUUUGGUGCCCGCCCUCGGGAACGAGUCUGGAAUGACCCCGUUACACUUGGCCGCCUUUUCGGGCAAAGAGAACGUCGUCAGGCUCCUGCUGAACUCGGCAGGGGUGCAAGUGGACGCCAGCACCCACGAAAACGGUUAUAAUCCGAUGCAUUUGGCUUGCUAUGGGGGUCACGUGACGGUGGUGGGGUUGUUGCUGAGCCGAUCAGCUGAGCUGCUGGAAAGCAGAGAUCGACACGGAAAAACUGGGCUGCACAUCGCCGCCACGCACGGACACUAUCAGAUGGUGGAGGUACUACUAGGCCAAGGGGCGGAGAUUAACGCCCCCGACAAAAACGGUUGGACCCCAUUACAUUGCGCCUCCAGAGCCGGUUACGUGGACUGCGUGAAACUGCUAACCGAAUCGGGGGCAUCCCCGAAAUCGGAAACGAACCUGGGGGCGGUACCGAUAUGGUUCGCCGCCUCCGAGGGGCACCACGCCGUCCUCGAGUACCUCAUGACCAAGGAGCACGACACCUACGCCCUCAUGGAAGAUCGUCGCUUCGUCUAUAACCUGAUGGUGUGCUCGAAGAAUCACAACAACCGUCCGAUGGAGGAGUUCAUCUUGGUGUCGCCCGCCCCGGUGGACACCGCCGCCAAAUUGUCCAACAUUUUGAUCGUGUUGUCCAAUAAGGAGAAGGAGAGGGCGAAGGAUCUGAUUGCUGCCGGGAAGUUUUGUGAGGCUAUGGCCACCGAACUGUUGGCCCUAGCCGCCGGUGCUGACUCGGCCGGUAAAAUCCUGACGGCAACCGACCGCAGAAACGUCGAAUUCCUGGACGUACUAAUCGAAAACGAGCAAAAAGAGGUUAUAGCCCACACUGUGGUCCAACGGUACCUUCAGGAACUGUGGAGGGGAGCGUUAAACUGGACCGCAUGGCGCACGUUGCUGCUCUUUGUGCUGUUCAUAAUAUGCCCCCCGGUCUGGAUAGCGUUCACUCUCCCGUUGGGGCAUAAGUACUAUAAAGUGCCCAUAAUCAAGUUCAUGUCGUACCUCACCUCCCACGUGUACCUUAUGCUGUUCCUGUUGGUUGUCGGCAUUACCCCGCCUUACCCCACUAUUAACCGGGAGAGUAUGUUGCCUUACUGGUACGAGUGGAUCCUGCUGGUGUGGCUCAGCGGUUUAUUGCUCUUCGAACUGACGAACCCCAGUGACAAGAGCGGACUGGGCUGGAUCAAAAUCUCCGUUUUAUUGUUCAGCAUUUUCGGGGUGGGUACCCACCUUAUCGGGCUUGUUUUUGUGGAAAAACGGUACUGGCCCACCCUGAUGUACUGUCGCAAUCAAUUGUUUGCACUCAGCUUCCUAUUGGCCUGCGUGCAGAUCUUGGACUUUUUGUCUUUUCAUCAUCUGUUUGGACCCUGGGCUAUUAUUAUUGGGAAUUUAAUGAAGGAUCUGGCGAGAUUCUUGGCGGUACUGGCGAUCUUCGUUUUCGGAUUCUCGAUGAUGUUCGUUGCCCUAAAUCAACCGUUCGACACCGACGGCCGUAAACGUACCACCGGGAUAUUCAAAGACGAGGUAAUCGCGCUAGACGGAGACGCCGAAUGGAUUACGAUGGACAACGUCCCUCGUCCCAGGGCUUCCAUUAAGAAGAAACGACCCCCCAUCGAACAAGAUACCAUUGGCAUGAUAAUGAACCCCCUGUUGGCGUUCGAGUUGCUGUUCUUCGCGGUUUUCGGACAAACGACCUACGACGAGCUGAUCGUGAAACCGUUACGCGGUAGCGGUACCACCUACAGACCGAACUGGACCGAGAACCUGUUCAAGGUGGUGUUCGGGAUCUACAUGCUGGUGUCGGUGGUGGUGCUGAUCAAUCUGUUGAUCGCGAUGAUGUCCGAUACGUAUCAGCGGAUACAGGCCCAAUCGGACAUAGAGUGGAAGUUUGGCCUCAGUAAGUUGAUCCGGAACAUGCACAGGACGACCACGGCGCCCUCCCCGAUUAACUUGAUCACCACGUGGCUCUUUUACCUGGUGGACAUAUGCAAAAAGAGAGAAUUUGUUUUAGUCAAAACGAAAAAACGCCAAAGUUUGGUACAUCUGAUGGGCAGUUUUCAGAAGGGCACCCAGUUAAGUCCCAGAUCAAAAGCGGGUGCCAAGUGGCUCUCGAAAGUAAAAAAGGGACGUCAGGUGGCCCCCAAAGAGAUCCCGGGACUCGCGGCGGGUCAGAUGAGCCCCUUGGGGUCUCAGCUCAGCUUUUCUGCCGCUACCACUAGGAUCGAACACGUGACCGACUGGGAGAUCAUCGCGAAGAAAUAUCGCGUCCUAAUGGGUCAAGUGGACGAGGUCAAGGAGGCCUCGAACGAGGACAACGACGACGACGACGAGGACGGACCUCCUCCUCCUCCCGCAGUCCCGUCCAUGGUAGCCACUUCCUCUAUAGGUUAAAUCGAACACUCUAUUAUCAUUGUUAAUAAUAUUAAUAUAUUUUUAUUAUUAUUA